UCAGUCGUGUCGCGAUCACCUGUCGUUGCAAAGCUCCUCCGCGCCGAAGAGUUUCAACAGUACGAGCGUCGUUUUCGGGCUCGUGUGAAAAACGUACGUUAGUUCCAGUGUCGUGUGACAAGUGUGGCUCUCAUUGCGGCCGUCUUCGGCAGCGAAAAGACAGUCUCCGAAAGGAUUAACUUAACCGUAAUUCUUUCCAAGUCCAAAAAGCAAUUCGAAGAUUUUUUUGAUGAAGAAGUCUGAAGAAUGGUGACCACCGGUGUAGUGUGGUGUUUCAAGGAUAACAAAUGGUUCCCCCUCCAGCUCUCCUCCAUCAGGCUGCAGGGUGCGCUCACGCAGGCGCACUUGUCCGUCGUCUCGGAGUUCCUCCAGAGGGUCGCCAACAAGGAGCUGAUCCUCCAAGAGAAUGGCUUCACGGAGCUCACGGAGAAGCACAAGCAGCUGCUGCUCCAGCAGGAGAGGAAGCUCAGUUUCAGUUCGGAGUUUCUCGAUAAAAAUGUGAUAAAACAGACUGAUAACGUGAUAGUGGAGCGGAAGACCAGUCUGGGUCAGAUCCCUGAGGAUAAGGUGGUAGAACAGAAACGUCGUCCGUCGAUGCCGGACCUUAGGACUGUAGAUAGACAAUCAAAUUUAUUUAUUAAUAAUUUAUUGAAUAUAAAUGAGACUGAUAGGAAAGAGGAUAAGACUGAGCUUAUUUCUAAUGAAAACGACGAGAUCGUGCUGAGGUUGCUCAAGAAGUAUUGCAAGUAUAGCAAGAACGCGUUGGACGAGAAGAUAGUGAGCGCUAUAGAGCAGAUACCGGACGAUCAGAUACCUCAGCCUCCGAGGAACAGGAAGCUGAGCUACAUACCCACCACGAUACCCUCGAAGGAGGAAAAACUGUACGAGAAUUGCCUGGAUGUGCCUCGAAAUCCCAACGAUGACUCGAUAGAGAACCAGCGCAACGAGCACCUGAUGAGAUGGCUGAAACAGCAGAAUCCCCAGCACGGCAUAGCUGAGAUCCAGCUGCCCACCAGGAGGCACUCCUCGUUCGAGAUCUCGUCUCCGACGGACAGCCGAAAGGGCAGUCUGAUCGAGAGGAAGUCGAGUUCUUCGGGGUUCGUCAGUAGAAAGUCUAGUCUAACCGCGUCUUCGACGCCCGAAAGUGUUAAAAGUGACAGCAGAAAGUCGAGUGUGUCUUCGACGUUGACGAGCAGAAAGAGCAGCCUCGGCUCGACUUCAAGUUUAUCGGAAGGCGAAGACGCCUCCGGAGGCGGUUCGAAUUCGAGCCACUGGACGAAGUUGCUGUUGAAGUACGCGGGCGACAAGAGGGCGGAGAAGAAGAUCAAGAAGCAGAGGGAGGCAUGGGCCAGGAAUCGAAGGAAACUGAGCUCCGGCUCCAACAUAGAGUUGCAGAGAAGGGACCUUCUGCAUAAACCAUGGUACUUCCGCAAGAUCAAACGAAUCGAGGCAGAGAAAAAACUCCUUUUACCAGAAAACGAACAUGGUGCUUUCCUUAUAAGAGACUCGGAAAGCAGACACAACGACUACUCGUUAUCAGUUCGCGACGGUGACACCGUGAAGCAUUAUAGAAUAAGACAAUUGGAUGAAGGAGGAUUCUUCAUUGCCAGAAGAACAACAUUCAGAACACUACAAGAGUUGGUCGAUCAUUAUAGUAACGAUGCAGAUGGCCUAUGUGUUAAUCUAUGCAAACCAUGUGUACAGAUCGAAAAGCCCCAACCAGAAGGUCUAUCUCAUCGCACAAGGGAUCAAUGGGAAAUCGAAAGAUCUUCUCUCAAGUUUGUGCGAAAACUUGGUCACGGUCAGUUUGGCGAAGUGUGGGAAGGUAUGUGGAACAACACAACGCCAGUGGCGAUAAAAACGCUCAAACCCGGCACAAUGGACCCCAAAGAUUUCCUCGCUGAGGCCCAGAUAAUGAAGAAACUGAGACACCCCAAACUUAUCCAAUUAUACGCUGUUUGUACAGUAGAAGAACCAAUUUAUAUUAUAACGGAAUUGAUGAGAAACGGAUCAUUGCUAGAGUACAUCCAGGGCAAAGGAAAGACCUUGAAGUUGCCACAGCUGAUAGAUAUGGCCGCCCAAAUAGCUGCUGGUAUGGCUUAUUUGGAAUCGCAGAAUUACAUACACAGGGAUUUGGCUGCCAGGAACGUUCUGGUAGCAGAUACAACAGUUGUGAAGAUUGCAGACUUCGGUCUUGCUAGACUGAUCAAGGAAGAUGAAUACGAGGCGAGAGUAGGUGCAAGGUUCCCCAUCAAAUGGACCGCACCAGAAGCUGCAAACUACAGUAAAUUCUCUAUCAAAUCAGACGUUUGGUCUUUUGGUAUUCUCCUCACAGAAUUAGUUACAUAUGGAAGAAUUCCAUAUCCAGGUAUGACGAAUGCUGAGGUGUUGCAUCAAGUAGAACAUGGAUACCGCAUGCCAGCACCUGCCUGCUGUCCACCAGCUCUUUAUGAUAUAAUGCUGGAAUGUUGGAACAAAGACCCAAUGAAGAGACCAACCUUUGAAACCUUACAAUGGAAACUUGAAGACUUCUUCACAAUGGAUGGCUCUGAAUACAAAGAAGCAUCAGCAUACUGAGGUCACGCCCACCCCCCUGCUGAUUGGUUACGUAAUUCAAUUGAUAUACAUUACCAUUAAGGGGGUGGUGGUUAUCUAUUUAUGUGGGACGAUAGAUAGAUAUUCCGUAAAAACUUUUUACUGAUGCUAUGGUAUGUGGCAAACCACUGUUAUUUUUUUCCAAUUUCAAUGUGGAUUCCUUCAAAUAUUUCUUCUUGUCGUUUAUGUAUUUUGCAAAGUUUCUACUCAUCUAAGUUGUCAAUUUGGACAUUGAAAACAUUUAAGUAUUCAAGCUUUUCAUAAUUUAAAUUCAAAUGGAGUGGAUUAUUCCAAAUCUCAACUUUGUUUAAAAGCACUUGUUUUUGAGUCACUCAUAAAUUUUAUCUUUAUUCGGGUUGCCAUAUCCUUUUUUAUCACUAUUUUUCCUCUUAUAUAUUUUAUCUUUGUCUCUUGUGUGAAGCACAAUUUUUCUUGAUGUUUGAGAUUUUUCUCUACAAAUUGAAUUGUAUAUUAUGGUGAAUGAAAUAUUAAUAUAUAUGCUGAUAUGGAACUAACACAGUCAUGAAAAUUCAGCAUUUAAAACAUUUCAUUUUAUAUUUGCUCAUUUUAAUUUUUUAAUUUCUGGACUCAUCUCCUGAUUGAAUUUUAAAAAUACUAUUUUGGUUUCUAAAUAUUGAAGUAUAUGUAAAUGCUUCAUAAUCAUAAAUGUUACUUCCAAAUCUGCUAAUGUUGAAAAGUUGGAGAAGUGGUGAAUUUUGCUCUUAAAAAGGAGUCAUUUGAAAUGAAUAUUGUGCUUUGCUUUGAGUUGAUAUGAAUGCACAAAGAACUGCCUAAAAUGAAAUCGAUUUUUGUAUCAUAUAUUGGUAGAAGCAGUUCAUGGUUGAAUAAAUGCAAUAAAAAUAAUUUUUGCAAACAUUUAUAGUAAGAAGCAAAUCUUCAUUAGGUUUAAGAAAUUUUCAUUGCGAACAAUAUUUUUAUGUAAGAAUAAUAUUGAUAUCAUAUCAGAAAUCAAUCAUCAUAGUAAUUCUGAUGUUCAUAACAAUUCUCAUUUGUAUCAUAACUACCCAUAUUAUAUGCCCAUAUUAAAAUUUCAAAAUUAAUGCCUCAACACUCUCAACCACUAUACUUUUUGCGAUUUGCUUCAUACUUCAGUACUGAUUUUCAGUGUACUACAAUACAUAAAACAUUCCUGGUAUAAACAACAUUAUACAAGGUAUUUUGAUAGGUCACAAUGUAGAUAUUGAACAAUUGAUGAAAUUUAAAAUGUUGACCGACAAAUGUUCAUAUAGAUUUGACAAAUUGAAACCAAUUUUAGUAUUCUUAUCGAUAAAUGUUUCUCUAAAAAGCAGUCGUUAUUGAAAAAUACUCUGCUUAACAAAAGAAUUGGAAACACUUACAUGAAAGAUUUUGCAUAAUUUUUGUUGUAAUUUGGAAUAUAUCAAUCUGUAAUAUUUAUAUUGUUAAAUUUUUAAUUGUAAAGGAGGACAUUCCUUAAAAUUGAGUUUGAUUGUACUACUCAGAUAAUUUUAAAAAAUGUCUGAGGAAAAAAGAUCAAUUAAAUCUGCUUGUACUUGAAGUUUGUGUAGAAGUUUUACAGCCAAACAUUGUAUAACAUUAUGAGAACUACAACUAUGUGAUUGAAUUGGUUUAGUUCCUUUAUUUUUUUAUCUUUAUGAUCUAGUGAAUGAAAUGGAUAAAGUUCAAUCACCUCAAAACAUCUUUUUCAUCAUUCUCAAUCAUCCAACUUUUUUAGUUUUACAGAGUUAGAUUGUUUAUAUUUUUAAUUAUACACAUUAUACAAUAUUUUUUGUAUUAUACACAUUAAGUCAUAGCUAAUAAAAAAUGAAUAUUUAA